UCCGAGGGGUGCCGGAGUCGGAUCGAUUCGACUCCGGAAAAAAAUUGUAUUUACCCAUCACUAUUGGGGAGGAGCGUUGUCUUCAAUGUCUUGAUCUGUGAUUCUAGCAGUUCCUGUGUUUUUUUUUGUUGCCUUCUAUUUUGUUAGUCAUAUUUUAUGAGGCUCCCCUUUCCGCCUUACCUACUUUGCGUGCGCGCGUCUCUGUGUCACCAGCUCCGUUGGUUUGCGCCGAGGUCUCUUUUCGUCUGCUUUUAUUUGAUGAUUGACGUAAUAUCUUACUCACAGCUCCCAUUCAUCCUUAACUUCGAGCUCGCGUCAGCUUUUCGGUGCGUCCCGAACAUUCGACAGCUGUGCGCGCGGCGGCGGCGCCUUCCGAGCAUUCUUCCCACGGCGCGGAUUUUGGCCUUUGGCUGCCGAAGGUUGCCCGCACCUAAUGCAUUGCAUCUGGAACGAUGCCCGGAACACGGGGGAAAGAUGGGCGUUGAACGCCCGAGUGGGAAGACAAUGUUUUCUAUGAGCUCUAUGAAGUUUGUUUGCACACUUGGGGAAGCCAACACGCCCCACGGCAGAGACUCACUAAGAUUACAGAAGACCCUCGAGAUACGACCCAAUCCACAUGGGACGAUUUUGAUUUUGACAGUUUAUAGUUGUCAUCUAGUUGGAAUUGAUACAGGUAGUCUCCGAGAUACGCGGCGCCUUAUCUUUAUAAAAUUUUGGCAAUACCUUGCGUCACAGUUGUUGAGGCAAUUCCUUAAAUUGUACUGAUUGCAAUUGUUGCACUUGUUUACUGCAAAAAAAAUCAAUCAAAAUUGGUUCAAAAUUGUAAUCCUCAGUCAAAAACACAUCAAAUAAUUAAUGUAGUGGCCUAAUCCACCCAUCUAAAUCAAAAUUACCCAAAAUUUAGCUAAACUUUGACUGGGAACAGCUUAAUUCAACUUACACGGACAUCUGAGAUACGCGGUUUCUUCUCGGUCCGCAAUAAUAACGGAUCUAGGGGAUGAACUGAAGUUUAUUUUUUCUGAUUAUCGAUACACACACAUUUAUGAAGACUUCCUAACUACUCGAACAUGGAUUUUGAUAUAGUACUUACACGAUUACAAUGAAAUUAAUGCAUUCUGGUAAAUCGUUUUAUUUAAAUUCCCGAAAUUGACUUCUUGUGGACUUUUCAACCACUGUUGUAAAUGAUGUUCACAUUGACAUUUAUUGGACAUACAGUAGAACUUCGAUUUUCCGGGGUCGGAUUAAUCGGCGGACGGCUUCACCGUGCGCAUGAAAUUGACAGUUGAUCAAUCGUGGUCAAGGUGUAUGUAUUUAGAAGGUUGAUUUUUAUCACUUUUGCUGGUCGACAUUGUGGGAGACAUCUGUCAAUCAUACUAAUUUCAUUACCCCUAUCCAGCCCAACCCGUUUUUUAUACUGGAGCCCCUGGAACAGUUAUGUCAAAUCGAGAAAUGUCAUUUUGCUCUGAAAAACUUCACCUUCACCUUCACCUUGCCAUAUUAAAACACCUUGAUCGUGGCGAACAUUUUGUUGUUGCGAUGUUCAGGUUGGUAAACACAUUUGUUGUGCAGCUCUCUAGUGUCUAGUGAUAUUUUCUAUGUUUUCAAAUUAUUGUCCAAGAACAACUGUUAAAUCUAUAGUUAACGAGUAAUGAAUAAAACCUACCAAUAUGUCCGACUCCGACAAACGUAUAUGACGUCUAUGGAGAUGUGCACCGUUAGACAUCUCGAGCAAGCACGACAAACUUCAUCUCAAACCCGUCAAAUUCCAUACAUUUUGUUUGAUUGGUGCCAGAGCGCAGGCUUAGUAAAGCCAGUGAAUUUUGUUUGUUAAUGAAUCUGACAGUUGUUGGACCAUUAUCAGUGCAAAUGCCCCAGUAGUUUUCCGUUCCCAAAUAAAGUCGUAUCGUGGGGCUUCCCUGUAAUAGGCGAGCGAUCUCGCGCUCUCUCUCUCCCUCUCGCCCACUUGAUCUAAUCUGGCUGGAAUGUUUGCUUUGCGCCGUGCAAUAAUGUCCCGUGGGUUGACAGUAUUCUUUCGCUGUGUGCAUCUCUCCAGCCCAUCUGGAUCAUUUCGUGCGGGGCACUGUAUGGGUACCCACUUUCACUCGCGCGCGCCCGCAAGCUCGCUUGCCUUUUCUCUCGCACUGGCUCGCUAGGGCUGUCUCGCUCGCUCGCAACCUGCGCUACCCGAUCGCUGCUACCUGGGAGUGCGCGCUGGGCUCGACCAGCAGUCUGCGCGCGUACGGUGGUGCGGUACGGUCGGUGUGCGCUUUAGUGUGUGGGCCGUUUUCUAACACUCCCGGACGUAUUGGGAAGCGUGUGUGUGUGUGUGCGUGUGUGCGAAUAGUUGCGAAAGACAGUGGCCCUUGCCGCCCUGAUCGAAGAAAAGCCCGUGGUGAACCCCUGUGUUUGUCGAGCUGUGUCACGCGUCAGUGUGUCAUCGGCCGUCCACUGCACACACUGUGCCAAACACUUCUACCCGUGUGCGAUCGUGUGCGUGCGUUUGUGUGUGUGUGUGGAGCUCACGUAUACUUCUCGUGCCACUGCUAUCAAUCACAAAGCCACACGCUUUUGUGUGACACAAACAAUAGGGCGGCGAGCUGUGUGUUGCUCGCUUGGUCCGUCCUUCAAUCAACAGCACUGCUGUCUGUGUGUGUCAUUGUUCUUUCGGGAAUCAAAGUGCACACAGUGUGGAAGAGUGUACACCCCAUUUGGCACACGACGCUCCUGUCAUCUUUUUGGGGCGCGUUGUGUGUGUGUGUGAGUGUGUGUAAUUCGUUUAUGGCCAAGAGGGAGCCCGAGUUUCGGCACUAUAGUUGGUGUAGUUUUCAUAUUACAAAAAAAGCAACAAAAUGCAACGCUACAUCGAAUCCAUGACGGUCGACUGUGGCGGCAUUGUCGAGCACAAGAGCAACGCCAGCAGUGUGGGCGACAUUUACGAGCUGGCAAACAGUGAGCUGCCGCUGUGCGAGUACUCCUGCCCGACCAGCGACGCGCCCGUUUGUGGUGGUGAUGGUGCUGAUGGUUCGUCUUCACCCGAGCAGGGCAGCAGCAUCCGGAGCGACAGCUACCACGAUUCGUCCUCGCUGCAGGACCCGGACGAUGGGGGUGCGGCGAUCAACCAGCAGCAGCAGCAGCAGCAGCAGCAGCAGCAGUACCAGCUCGGCGGCUACGAACCGCACCGCCAGUACCAUCGGCUGUCCGUGUCGCACACCGGCGACGAGUUCAGCUCCGAGGAGGAUGAAGCGUUCGUCGAGCUGCUCGAGCGGGCCAGCGACAUUGCCGAGGCACGGUUAGCGGCACGGCGCCAGGCCCGUGCGGAGGCCCGCGAGAUACGCAUGCGCGAGCUGGAGCGGCAGCAGAAGGAGCUGGAGCAGACGGCGGACCGGGUGUUCGAUCUGCAGCAGCAGUCGAUCGGGCUGUCCGAGCCGGCGACCGCGCUGGUCGCGACGACGCCCCGGUCGAGCCGCAUCCUGGCGCAGAAUGCGGUGACGCGCGGCAGCGCCCUGUCGUCGCGCCGGAACAGCGAGGACUCGCUCGAGGAGGAAGCCCGCAGCCUGCGCGACCUACGGCACGAGCUGAAGGAAGUGGAGGAGCGCUUCCGGAAGGCGAUGAUUGCGAACGCGCAGCUCGACAACGAGCGGUCCUCGCUCAACUACCAGAUACAGCUGCUGAAGGACAAGCUGGAGGAGGUGGAGGAGUCCCACUCGCAGCUGCAGCGCGAGUACCGGGAGAAGUGCCGCGACCGGGAGGCGCUCAAGCGCAACAACGACAAGCUGAGCGAGGAGCUGAAGCUCGUCCAGGGCCAGCUGCAGGAGCGGGACGCGCUGAUCGAGCAGCACGGGCUGGUCAUAGUCACGGUGGAGAACGAGGACGGUACCGAUGCGCACCGCGCCCUAGUCACAGCGGAUAACGCGCAGCUGCUCAAAUCCGUGCCCGGUUCCCUUGACGUAAGACUGAAAAAGUUUGCGGCCGAAAAGCAGGAGCUGCAGACGGAGCUGCAGUCGCUGCAGCAGCAGCUGAACGAUAUUAAGAGCAAGGGCCGGCGGUACACCUCCAUGAACGGUUCGCUCGUCGAUGACGAUUACGAGGAUGCGCAGCGCGAAGCCAACAAGCUGAUCACCGAGUAUAAAUACAAGCUGCAGAAGGCGGAGCAGGAGAUCGCGAACCUGCAGGCCAGCCUGGCCCGCUCGGAAACGCAGGUGAUCCGGUACAAGAGCACGGCCGAGGCGGCCGAGAAGGCCGAGAGCGAUCUGAAGAUCGAGCGAAGAAAGCUGCAGCGCGAGAACCGUGAAGCGAUGGACCGGCUGGAGGAGCUAGAAACGUCAAACAACCAUCUGCUGAAGCGGCUAGACAAGCUUAAGAACGUCAAGAGCAACAUCCUGAAGGACAUAUGAUAGGACCAGGGCGGCCCCCCGUCCCCAGCGACAUCCGGGACGUCGGCGACGAGGACGCAGCGCCGCCCGCCCGAGCCAGCCGGCGGCGAGCGCGGGAACCGUGGGAACAAAUAACUGGCAGCAGCAGCAGCAGCGCCCACCACCACCAAUGGUUGAGGGGGAGGGAGGGUUGGCGCAUUCUUGUUAGGAAAAAACCCAUCUUGAUCCCCCUCCCCCUCGACGCGACUUGACAUGAGCCCCCUUCGCACCAUCCCCUUUGCGUAUAGUAGAAGCGAAAAGCAAGCAUGAUAGAUAGAUCCAUCUCCCUUCCGCCACAGCGCGCCGCCGAUCAGUUAUGUAUUAUUUAUCUUCUGUCCCCAGCCCUCCCUCGCCACGCUCGUUUUACGCGCAUUGUAAGCGUAUCGGGCUGCGAUGGGGGGAGGCUCUGUGUGUAUGUGGCGUGUUAGUCCGUAUGUUGUGUAUAAAAAAUGUUACUUUUGAAGCUUUGAGAGAUCAUAAACGCAUAAAAUCGGUAAAUAUAUAGAGAGAGAAUGAUAGCAUGGCCCAAAAUAGGCACAUACUCCCCCCCCCCUCUCCCCUUUCCUCUUCCACCAGAUAAAAAAAGGAAACCGCCACGCGCACAGGCGCCGCGCUACCUCGCGCUUUCACGGACACACGGGCGGAAGUGUUGGCACUCGCGAGCACGCAAUGUGGCGCCCAUUAGCUACUACUCUCCCUGCUUCAGCCUGCACAUAAAAUGGCAUCGAGUAUUUAUUAUAAAAAAAGUUUUAAUAUGUUUUUUUUAAUUAACAAAAAGCGAUCGCUUGUAGAAAACCUGUUCUGCGCCUGCGUGUGCCAGAAUAAUGAGCAACAUCUGGCAAAAGGGGGAGAGGGGCAGGGCCAAGGGGAUGGGUAAAUGAUUCUAAAGAACCAUGAUAGCUGACCGUAAACAAAAAAAAAUAAAAAAAAACAUUGUAACUAGGAAUAAAUUUACACAACAAAUAGAACGGAGUGUCAGACAAAACCUCGAAAACGUGCGCAGCCGAGGACCAUGUUUUGCUAUUUUUUUUUAAUAAGCCAUACCCUUCUCCCGCGCUUGUUUACCGCUUGCCAGCUUUUCCACCUAGGCCUCCCCUUUCCUGGUCAACGCACACACACACGCGCAUUGCACAAAUUUGGUUGUGCCGCGAGUAUUGCAACACCGAGCAGAGUGCGCUGAAUUCGCUGCAGUGUUGUCACUUGUGUGUGUGCUUUCGACUGUGUUUUCUUCUUCUUUUUUUCCACUCGUUGUUGUACGUAUUAGUGCGUGCGCUUUAGAGAUAUUUUCAUUUCCCAAAUUCAUCUCAACACUAACACGCGCGCUUAGCUAAACAUUAUUUAUUUGUUAACGUAGACAUUUUAAAGUCGAAAACAAUACAGCACACACGCACACGCACACUGAGACAAUUGGGUAAACCAUAGAGCCGCGCGAAGCAACGAGUUGAGAGAGAGUGAGAGAGAGAGAGAGAAAGUGCAUCAAAUACUUGUAGUAAUAAGGCAACAAGAGGGCGCAUGGCAGACGAAGGUUUUCCGUUUUUCUUCUUCUUUUUUUAUUGAUGAUGAGUUUGUAAAGCAACAGUAGCGUUUCGGAUAGGAUAUUAGAAAGUAUAUGAAAAGCGAGAGAAAGAGAGGGAGACAGAGAACGGGAGAGGUAAGCAGAUGCAAUUGUUGCGAUUGUCGUGUAGCAAAAGAGAUUGUCGAGGAAAAUGGGGAAAAAAUCACAAGUCUGCGACAAUCAUGGUUCCAUGAUUGUUUACAUUUUUUUUAGUACGGGACAAACGACCUGCGGCUGUAUUUAAGGACAGUCUAGCAGCAGCGUUUCGCACCGGGGCAGCAAAUGUGUAAAUUUUGUACUGUUUAUGUUAUUUUUUUGCACCAGUUUUACUUAAAUCGAUUUGUAAAUUUCAUGUUGCGUUUCUUUUCUUUCGCUUCCUCUUCUGUGUGUCUACAUUUUAACGCGUUGCUAGAACGAUAUUAUACGAUCAAUAUGAAUUACAAACUCUCUGUGCAGGUUGCUGUGGUCCCUCCUGUUGUGCCGGAAAAGCAACACAAAUCGAUAGCAUGAAAUGGAAAGCAAAAUCUUACCGGGGGUAGUGCGAUAGUGGAUAGUGGUAGUGCGAUAGUGGAACGGUUGGUUUUAUUUUCAGUUUUCAGUGUUCGGAUCAUCAAAUUAGUUGUGUAAAUACACACACACACAAACGCUUGUUUUAGGUCGAUUUUUAUUUAUUUUUGCUUGGCCCGGGGACCGAAGAAGCAGAAGAAAGGCAAGCAAAAGGUGUAAAACGAUGCAAAAGGGUAUAUGAGGUGGACAUUAAAAAACGAAACACUAAAAAAUAGAAGCGCAGCCUGCGUGAAUAUAGAACAAAAUAAUCAAAUAAAUCACGAACGGUGAGCCUCCACCCCAAACACCUGUGUUUAGGAGAUAGGCGUGAGUAGCGAUUAAAGAUUAGAAUAAAGCGAAACAAAUUCUAGAGAGAAAGAGAGAGUUGAUGGGGAGAGCGCGUAGAAAGGAAUGCAACCAAUACACACACACACACGCAAUGCGAUAUGCUUGAAUGAGAAAAAAAACAAACAGUGCAGUUUUGGCGGUAAUCGAUUCAGGGUUUCCAGGAGUUCUCAUAGCUGUGGGACACUUUAUUGACUCUUUCUUACGUGAAAUGAACUUAAUGUAAUAGGAAUUGGACUCAAUAGCAUCCUUGUGGGACAAAUCCAAUGGGAAUUUCCAAGGCGCCUGUCCCAAAAGGGUGCCGUAGAGUCCAAUUUCCAUCAUUCCCAUAAGAAAGAGUCAAGGAAGUGACCCACAACUAUGAGAACGCCUGGAAAAUCCUGUAAGACGCGGAAUGAAGACGACGAAGUGGAUGAUAAAAAAGAGAGAGAGUGAGCGAGAAAUGUUUUGCAAUCGGCUUAUAUCGUGUUUAAUGGGUUUAAUAUGUAUAUGUUUUUGUCCGGAAGCCAGCGAGCGGGGAACUAUAUGAUACACCUGUGUCUCGCAAACAAACAAACAAACAAAAAAAAAGCCGCGUGUAAUCGGGCUCCUCCGGCGCGUUACUAGAGCUGGGCAAAUAAAUUCUUUUGAAUGAACGAAAA